AUUGAAGGAAAAACUCGAACUAAUCUAAGAUCUUUGCUCUUGAGAGAGAACGAGAGAGGCGGCCAUGGGAGGAGGAAUGGGUGCGUUUUGGGGAACUCGAGUGAUGGAAUUAGUGAAGAAGCACGAUUCCGGUGGUCUUCUUUGGAAGCGGAUCAAGCUAACCCCUACUCGUAAAGCCAAUGCCAAAACCCGCCUCCGUCGUGUUUGGCAGAAUGAGGCUGUUCUAAGGGCGUGUGGUGAAUCAGAUGCACCAAAUCCGCCGGGAGCUAGCAACACAAAAAGCUCUAGCAAUGCGGUGAAAAAUGCGUAAGGCCGAAGAGAAGCUAGUCCUAGUUUGUAAGGACUCGUAGAUCAAGUCUCUGUCGUUACCUGAUUUUACAAAAAUAAUAUUUGAACCUUGUGUUUGGUUAUUAGUUUUGCAAAAGAAGAGGCACCUCCACACCAAAGCAAAAUAUGGUAUUUGAGUAUUGGUGUUUUUUUUUUUAUUAUUCUUGUCAUCAAGAAAUUUGUUCGUCGCCUGCUCAAUAUAGUUCUUUUGGCUACACCCGUUUAUCCUUGUCGUGCCUUAGUUAUGUUGGCCGUUUAGUGGCUACAAGUGGAUAUGUUUGUGGAACAUUUUUGAAAAUCACUUGAAGCACUCUUUUGUUUUUGUUUCUCCGGUUGAUCGAAAAAAAGUUUUUGUUUUCUCCGUGAUUUUUUUCCUCCGUAAUUACAUGUUGAAACAACAGGUGAAAAUAAUCUUGUUGAAAAGUUUCAAGUAUUUUU